ACAAGAGCUUGUUCUUUGGGCUAAGCGUGCACUCACUGUGCAGUCAGUGUGUCAUGGAGGAGGAAGGUAAAUAAAAGAGCUGCGCUUACAACAACACACGACGGACGAUUUAGUGACUGUUCCUGUGAGAGAUGGCAGUCUAACGACGUCAGCUUUGGCCCAGACGCGGUUGUAAAAGCACAACAGAGUGAGCGGACGUAUCGGAGAAGGAGGGACAGCGGGGGUGAAGCUCCAGGCAGCAGCUUCUGUCGGUGUUCUCAGGUGGCCCAUUUGGGAUUGCUUCAUCCUUGUGUUGCAAUGGCGAUGCGGGAGCUGGUGGAGGCAGAAUGUGGCGGAGCCAAUCCACUCAUGAAGUUGACUGGUCACAUGACCAAGGAAGGUGGGGCAUGGCGGCACCGCUCCACACCUACGAUUCCCCCAACUCCCAUUGAAAUAGCAACUGAAGAAGAGCUGGUGAAUGAGUUCCUCCAGGCACCCCCACGUCCACAGCACACAUUCGACAUGGGUCAGUUGCUGGAAGAGAUGCAGCAGAUUGACCAGCAGAGCUACAGACAGGCUCCACAGAGAGCUCCAGAUGUGGCAGCAUUGGCUCUCUCGGGUGACUGGGCGGCAGAGUUCAUCUCGGGUUCGGAUUCGGCGUCAACGGCGGGCCUCGUCGCACUCAGUGACGCAGUGGACGCCGACUGGACCAAAGAAUUCAUCGCUCAGGCCGCAGAUCCUGGACGCUGGGCAGAGGAAUAUCUGGAACAGUCAGAGGAGAAGCUGUGGCUGGGAGACUUUGGAGACAAGGAGAACGAGUGGACAAAGGAAUAUCAACCAGGAGAAGAGUUGAGGCAGACAGCCAAUGAGCUUGUCUCGAACGUUGAUGACCCAAAAUUACAAAACACAGAGUUCCUGCGAUUCAUUAGGCAAAUUGGCGAGGGCAGUGUGACAGUGGAAAGCAGGACAGACAAACGGCUCACAGAUAAAGCUCAGGCCGAGGAGGCUCACAACUGGGCUUCCAACCUCAACCAGUUCCUGACAGAAACAGGGGGAGGGAGUCUUCCCUUGGAAUCCACAGAGAGGAAUGAGAAGAUUGACAAAGCUAAAGCUAAGCAGGCACAGCAGUGGGCCAAGGUCGUCAGGCAGGUGUCGCAGGAGUCUGCCGAAGCCUGGGUGGAUGAGUUCACUGCUGCAGGACCGGAUUUCCACCAAGCCAAAACUGCGGUGGAGAGUGAUGUGGAUUUCUGGGAGAAGCUGCAGCAGGAGUGGGAGGAGAUGGCCAAACGGGAUGCAGAGAGUCAUCCCUGGUUGUCGGACUUUGAUCAGCUGCUCAGCUCGUCCUACGACAAGGGAUAUCAGUUUGAAGAGGACAAUCCCUACUUGUCCCACCAGGACCCUCUAACUGAGGGCGUGAAGAGAAUGGAGGCUGGAGAUAUCCCUGGGGCUGUGCGCUUCUUUGAAAGUGCAGUACAGAAAGAACCAGACAACCAGCUGGCUUGGCAGUAUCUGGGGACGUGUCAAGCAGAAAAUGAACAAGAAUUUGCUGCCAUCAGCGCUCUCCGCAGAUGUGUGGAGCUAAAGAACGACAACCUGACCGCUCUGAUGGCGCUGGCCGUCAGCUUCACCAACGAGUCGCUGCACCGGCAGGCCUGCGAGACUCUACGUGACUGGCUCAAGCAUAACCCCAAAUACAGCGCUGUGUGGGAGCAGCACGACCGGGAACACCAACAGGUCGCUUCUGGAGAAAGGGAACGUUUUGGCUCUCUGCUGCCUGAGUCCUUGUUUUCAGACGUACAGACUUUGUUCCUGCGUGCGGCUAACACGGACCCUGCACAGGUGGACCCUCAGCUGCAGUGCGGUCUGGGAGUCCUCUUCAACCUCAGUGGCGAGUACGAUAAAGCAGUGGACUGUUUCACCGCGGCGCUCUCUGCCACACCACAGGACUACUUACUCUGGAACAAGCUGGGUGCCACGCUGGCCAACGGUAGCCGCUCGGAAGAGGCCGUGGCUGCCUACAGGAGAGCCCUGGAAUUGCAGCCAGGUUUCAUCCGCAGUCGCUACAACCUGGGAAUCAGUUGUGUUAACUUAGGAGCACACAGGGAGGCGGUGGAGCACUUUCUGGAAGCGCUGUCCCUUCAGCGCCAGGCAGCCGCCGGCGUGGAGGCCAGAGCCACGCGGGUACCCGGCGGCACCGCGGCCACCGUCAUGUCUGACAACAUCUGGUCCACGCUGCGAAUGGCUCUCAGCAUGAUGGGUGAGAGCUCGCUGUACUCAGCCGCCGACCGCCGCGACCUGGACACGUUACUGGCCCACUUCUGCCAGAGGGAGGUGGAGGGCGGACCCGAAUGAAGGUCUGUCACGGGGGGUCUUAUUGAGUGUGAAUGUUCCCUGUAUGGAGGUAUAUGUUUGGCACUGAAAGGGACAACAAGAGGGAACUGAGGAGGAAGACACUGUGAAUCAUCCUCCAUUCAUCAAUCGAUGCCCUUCCGAGCCAAAUGCAGUAUUCAUAUCAGCCAACCGGAGUACAUUUGUUUUAUUUUGUGUAUUUGGCAGUCCUUGUGUUUCUUCUUCCAAUGAUUUGACAGUUUCCUAGUGACACUACCCCCGUUUUAUUCUCCUCAAAUACUAGGAGAGCUCUCAACUCCAGCAUGGUUAUGAUGUACAGUAGAUUGAUGGUACAAACAAAGUGAGUGCAAGUUUUUAAGUUGCUCCACUUUUUGUCACAAGUACUUGCAAAAUGGAAUGGUUAUAGCAAUUAUUCAUUUUACUGUAUAAACAUUAUUUAAUUUUUUUGUAAUCAGUUAUCAGCCUGACCAUUGAACAGAACUAGUGAGACCUUUACGAGUGCUUGUGUGACAGAGAGGGCGUGUCUGUGUGUGUGAGUUGGUGAGAGAGAGAGAUUGUAAGAGUUUGUUUGAGUGAGAUGAGUGUGAGAGUUGGUUAAUGUGAGUUUGGAUGUGUGAGUGUCAGUUUUCACGUGAGGGAGAUUGUGUCAGAGGGUUUUUGUGUGUGAGAGUUUGUGUGUGUUUGUGAGAGAUCGUGAGAGUUAGUGUUUGUGUGUGUGUGAGAGUUUUUGUGCAUUUGAGUGAGUUUGUGUGUGUGUACAGGCAAAUUGAAUGUUAAGAUCAUAUUUGUUAAAUAUGAUAGGUUCUGUUUGUGCUCCUCCCUCUCUUUUUCACAUCUCAUCAAACAAUUUUCUCCAUUGUAAAUUGAACUGUCCCCAUAACGUGUAUUGUAACCUAAUUGUUGCACUAUAAUUGUUUUCAGGCAACUGAUGGCCUGGCUGCAAUGUUUCAUAUAAUAAUCAGCAAUAAAGCUUGAAUUUC